UCCCAGAAUUAUCUGGGUCUUGGUUACGCUGACGAGAAGCUCGUUAGGUAAAACCCUAACGAGCUGGAACCUGCUGUUCUUUCUUUACAGGAAAUACGACAAACACAGAAACCCUCAGACUUAUUUAGGGAGCUUUAGAAUUAAAGAUGGGGAAGAAUCUGAGUAAACUGGAGGUGAUCCUCAUUGUGCUGUUAGUACUGAGCGUGUGUAUUUGCAUUGGGCUCAUAGCCGGAAUCAUUGUCGUGCAGAACAACUCUAAAGGUGUGACAGCUACUGAUCUCCCACAAACAUCGCAAUCCCCCACUACAACGACCAAGCCAACAACAACAACAACUUCUACAACUGCCACAACAACAAGAAAACCCUCCCCAACAACCCCUGAUCCCUUCCCAGACUCCUACCGCAUUGGGGUUGGCAGAGCAGACUGCACGGGGUCAUUGUCUGAAAUCCCCAUGAUGGGAUAUGCAAAAAGUGGCCAGAUUGCUUCAGGGCUCCAUUUGCGGCAGUACAGUCGUGCCUUCAUUAUAGCAGAGCCUGAUGAUUCCAAACGGGUGGUUUAUGUCAGCGCUAAUAUCGGGAUGAUGUCCCAGCGUGUCCGUCUGGAGGUAAUGGAACAGCUGAAAGCAAAAUAUGGGAAUCUCUACAGACCAGAUAACGUCAUACUGAGCGCCUCCAACACCCACUCAGGGCCUGCUGGGUAUUUCCAAUACAACAUCUUCGUGUUGGCGAGCAAUGGCUUUGAUAGGCCCCAAACCAACGCUAUCGUGAAAGGGAUUGUUACGAGCAUUGACAGGGCCCAUCAGAACAUGAAGAGAGGGAGGAUCUUUGUAAACAAAGGGACAGUAGAAAACAGCCAAAUUAACAGAAGUCCAAGCUCUUAUCUCCUUAAUCCAGAAUCAGAGAGGCUCAGGUACUCCUCCAACACGGACAAAGACUUGGUCAUCCUGAAGAUGGUGGAUAUGUAUGGCCAGGACAUGGGAAUGAUCAGCUGGUUUGCAGUGCAUGCAGUCAGCAUGGCCAACACCAACAAACUUAUUAGUAGCGACAACCUGGGCUAUGCUUCUUACCUGUUUGAGCAAGAGAAAAAUUCUGGAUCUUUGCCCGGCAAGGGAUCAUUUGUUGCUGCAUUUUCACCCUCAAACCUUGGCGACGUGUCUCCAAAUACUAUGGGCCCUCACUGUGGAAACACAAAUGAGACUUGUGACAACCCGACCAGCACCUGCCAAGUUGGAGGGUCAGCGGCGUGCAUGGCUCUGGGGCCUGGGAAGGAUAUGUUUGAAAGUACCAAAAUAAUUGGAGAACAAAUCUUUCUAAAGGCUAAGGAGCUGUAUGAUAAUGCUUCCAAUGAGCUUGACAAGAAAGUGAGUUUCGCUCAUCAGUGGGUAGAUAUGAGUAACGUCACGUUGAUGUUGAAUGAUACUCACACUGUAAAAACCUGCAAGCCUGCCCUGGGGUACAGCUUUGCAGCUGGGACCAUUGAUGGAGCUGGUUCAAUCAACUUUACACAAGGAACAUUAGAAGGGGAUCUGUAUUGGGAUGCAAUUCGGGAUGCUUAUCUGGGAGCUCCAUCAAAAGAAACACAGGAAUGUCACAAGCCCAAACCCAUAUUGAUAAAUACAGGAGAGAUGGUGAAGCCAAUUCCUUGGCAUCCAACAAUCGUUGAUGUUCAGAUGUUCACUGUCGGGUCCAUCGCAUUACUAGCAUUGCCAGCAGAGUUUACAACAAUGGCAGGAAGAAGACUACGAGAAGAAGUGAAGAAGAUACUUGACCCAUCUGAAACCCUCAACACAGAAGUUGUCCUUGCUGGUCUCUGUAAUGUCUACACUCACUAUGUCACCACCUAUGAAGAAUAUCAGGCACAAAGGUACGAGGCGGCCUCUACAAUCUACGGGCCUCAUACACUUUCUGCUUACUUGCAGUUGUUCGGCAGUCUGGCCAAAGCUAUUGUACAGAACACAACAAAUGAAUUGCCAAUAGGCCCACAUCCACCUCUCAUCAGUGAGAACCUCCUUCCCAACAAUCUUCCACCUGUGCCACCAGACAAUACUCCUACCAACAAAAACUUUGGGGAUGUUCUCGUAGACGUCAACCCUCGGUAUCGGCCUGGAGAUGUUGUUUCGGUGACAUUUGUUGCGGCAAACCCACGAAGUGGAAUUGAUAAAAUGCUGGAUUCAUCAUAUGUCAUUGUAAGGAAAAAUAGAUCACGUGCCAUACUAUAUAAUGAUGCCUCUUGGGAGACCAGAUAUUACUGGCACAAAGGCCCCGACAAUCAGAGCAACGGCACUGCUGAAUGGCACAUUCCUUUAUCCACUCAGCCGGGAAUCUACUAUAUUGAGGCUUAUGGCUACUACCAACCCCGAAGCAGUUUUCCUGUUCCUCAAGUUUAUAUUGGUUCAUCUGAAUUGUUUCAAGUCCUGUGACGAAGAUAAAUAAAUUAAUAAAAAUGG